CUCAUCGCCACAACCGGAUCACAUCUCACCGUACUCUUUUACCAUGCUCUCUGUAUCAUCCCCUCUAAUUCUCACCGCUCCAGCUUUCUCGGCAAGGCCAGCCACUCAGGCCCGGACACGCGUCAAAUUGGCACCACCGCACGCCUUCGCCACCGCUUCGACCGAGAAUUACACUUCGACGUCGUAUCUGCCGCCGUACCACCCUCACUACAUGGCCGCCGCCGCCGCGUGCUCGUCGUUUUACGAGAUCCUCGGCAUCUCCACGGGAGCCUCGUGUCAGGAGAUAAAGACGGCGUACCGGAGACUGGCGCGCACGUGCCACCCUGACGCUGUGCUCGCCACAAACCUGAAGGACUCGUCGGCCGGAGAGUUCAUGAGAAUCCACGCCGCCUACUCCACGCUAUCGGACCCCGAGAAGCGCGCCGACUACGAUCGCAAGCUCCUUCCCCGGUACCGGCCUUUGACGGCGACGGCGUUCUCGCCCGGCUACAGGCGCCGGAAUUGGGAGACGGACCAGUGCUGGUAACCGAAUUGACUCAACGGCUCGGAUUUUCCCGUGUCGAGCACUACUAAUCCAGAUUAGAGUAAAGAUAAUUAAUAGAUUAGUCGGAAAGGAGAGGAUACAUAUGUAAAUACAUAGACCUAUUACCCGUAUGUAUAUAUCAUAUAAAUGGACGGAGUUUAUUGUACA